AUGUCGUCCACCAGCAACGCCUCCAUUGACAAGUUCAACGGAGACAAUUACGCAACGUGGAGCCGGUACAUGCGCGGUGUGUUUUUGACGAAGUCCGUCUGGCACGUUGUCAACCGUGAAGUGACUCCGACUUUCACCGACCCGCGAGCGUCCGAUGACUACGUCAAGGCAAGCAACGUCGCGUUUGGUAUGAUGCUGCUGCACAUGAACGCGGACUACCAUCAUGUGCUGGACAACUGCGAGGAAGCCUGGGUUGCGUGGACAAGUCUGAAGACGCUGUACGGUGGGUCGCAGAAGGCAGGACGCAUCUACCUCAAGCGACAACUUUUCAGUAUCAAGAUGGCUGAAGGCGCGAACGUCAUGCAUCACUGCAACGAGGUCCUCAACAUCUCCGCCAAGCUUAGCGGCAUCGGUGCGAAGAUGGAAGACGAAGACGUUGCAAUUUGUCUGCUACUCAGUCUUCCGAAGAGCUACGAAAAUGUGGUGCUCAACAUGGAAAUGAGCAGCACCGAGCUUCGCACUCAAGAUGUGGUGAGAGUCCUGACGAAUGAGCAUGCCAAGCGUCAAGGAGAAAAAGGGACAACGACAGCGACUACGGUGAAGGCUGAAGAUGCAAGCAAGGCAUUCAGCGCCGAGCGUGAGCCCUACCAAUGCACGUAUUGUGGCAAGGUGGGACACACGGUGGAUCGUUGCUGGACAAAGCAGAAGAACGAAGGUCGGGGAGCCCGACGCGGCGGCAAUGGUCGUGGACGCGGGGGCUAA